AUGGCGCUGCUUCGCCCUCGUCUUCUGCCCAAUCUUGUGAACAAUCUAUUCCAUUUUUCCAGUACCCCUUUUCCCACAAGAUCCUUUGCGUCCAGACGCGCCGCCAACACAGACGACCAAGAUGAAGACUUAGCAGCCGCUCGAACCUGGCUGGCGAAUCUCAAUACCCGGACUAUGCCGCGACAUCUCUGUGAAAUCUCCUUUAGUCGCUCUGGUGGACCAGGAGGGCAGCAUGUGAACAAGGUCAACUCAAAAGCAACGCUUAGAGUCUCCCUUGAUGAUCUCUUCCCCCUCAUUCCCCGGAUCAUCCAUCCUCAGCUACAAUCCUGCCGCUACGUUGCUCAACGUACGAAUACACUGGUUAUCCAGUCAGAGGAGUCGCGAAAGCAAGCUGCAAAUGUAGAGACAUGUUUCGAUAAACUGCAUCAGCUACUUCAGAAAUCUGCUAAUGAGGUCAUUCCCGGCGAGACGUCGCGGGAUCAGAAGGAGAAAGUGCAAAAAUUGAAAAAGGCAGAAAAUGAAGCUCGAAUCAAAUAUAAGAAACUGCGCAGCAGUAAAAAGAGUAGUCGUCGGGGUAGUGAUGACUAA